AUGACCCCUGGACUGAAUGUUGCGCCAAAGAAAACCCGAGAAAGUACUUCCAAAGUCCGGACUGGAUGCAGCACUUGCAAAGCUCGUCGAGUGAAAUGCGAUGAAGCAAAACCUAUAUGUCGACGUUGCGCCAUUGGAGGUCGAAAAUGCGAGUACAGCACUGCACGUACAGCACCACCACCUCGAAACGUGGUCACGGUAUAUCUGCCUCCUACGCAAAGUCAACCGGUGUUCUUCGUAAAUGACCGCGGCCUCGACUUCUUCCACCAGAACCUUGCUGCGCAGUUGGACGGACAGUUCACUUCACAGUUCUGGAGCAAGCUUGUAUUACAACUAUCACACUCCGAACCAUCAAUUAGACAUGCCGUAUCGGCUGUCAGCGUCGUUUAUCAAGACGUCGAGUCGUCUUUACGGCAUCCGGCAGGCUAUGUCAACGCCAACCCUGAGGCUCAACAGGAGUGGAACAAAGCAAUGAAGAGCCUAUCAGCUCGAAUUCAAGCACAUCCCAACUCGAACUUGGUACCUUUGACCUGCUGCCUUCUGUUCACAUGCAUCGAGCUCCUCAAGGGCAAUAUUGAAUCUUCUAUGCUUCACGUUCAGAGCGGAUUCAAUAUUCUAGCUGCGCUCCGUCGCAACAGUGACGCAGCCCCGGAUCUAGGCUCCAAUCUCUCGUCUAACGAUCUUAAAGCCAUCGAAGGUUAUAUCGUUCCGAUGUUCUCACGUCUGAAUGUACUCUGUUCUCUCGCUGGCAGAAUAACUCCGCCAAUAUACGCUCCUAUAGCUAAAGAAGACUCUCCUCAGGAAGACCUUACUCAGUCUAGACAACAGCUCGUCGAGAUCUCAGAUACCUGCAUCCGAUUCAUUGGCAAAGUCAGUCCUCACGCAGCUAUGUUCCAAAUUGACUUCGACAUCUUCAUUGAACAGGUUAAACUUCAAACAAGGCUAGACGCAUGGCACGACCGGCUAGAUGAACUUCUUGAAAGAAUGCAGGCUGCCGGCAACCCGGCGAAACAAGACGCGCUCAAUCUACUUUUGGUACAUUACAAAGUCAUUUACAUUUGGAUGCGAGUCUGCACCACAGCUGGGGAAAUGGCCACAGACUCUUACCACAUCGACUUUGAAAGGCUUGUGCAUUACGCGGAACAAAUCUUCAAGCCGGACGUGGGAAUUGCAACACCGCAACAGCUGUCUUUCGACAUACAUAUCCUGGGGCCUCUGUACUAUACCGUGCUGAAAUGCCGUCAUCCCGCAAUACGAAGACGCGCACUGGAAAUGCUGCAAUUGGCGCCUCGGCGGGAAGGGCUCUGGAAUGCACAUUAUGCAUACGUAACUGCCAAACGAGUGAUCGAGCUGGAAGAAAGGCAUCUCAACGGGCAAGAAUUGGCAGACGAGACUUCGAGAGUGUAUGGUCUUACCCUGCCCGAUGAUGAGUCACGGAUCUACAACCUAGGCGAGAUGCCUUUUGACUUUCGGAAGUUUGAAUACAGCAUCGUGCCCAGCCCGGCUUAUCCAGGCAUACUUAAAGCUGUGUUCCACACAAAGCCAUGGGGGCUCUUGGGAGAGUGGCAGACAAUCACGGAGUAUAUCAAGCUAUGA